AUGGCCGGGAACCCCCAGGUUGGAGCCGGGGCGCUCGAGGACCUGGGGCUGGACAACGCCGAGGAGUGGCCUUUGUGGGAUCCCCAACAGGAUGACGAGAAGGCCGAGUCGAUUGUGGACGUCGCGCUGCCCGUCGGAGCGACCCGCGCGGCGCUGUGCUUCCACUCCGUGGGCAGCAACUUCCUGCGCGAGUGGUACGAGCAGAACGGCAUCACUGGGUUCACGGUGCAAGACUGGCAGGCAACCGACCCGCGGCCGGGGUCGAAGCCCGCCGACGAAGACGACACGAAGCUGAUCUUCCGGCGGCGGCGUCUCAAGUACAAGGUCGCGGAGGGGUACAACACGGAGGAGAUUGUGCGCUGCACGGUGUGCGCGUGGGACGAGCGGUUCGAAAUGCAGCAGUGCAUCCAGACCUUCGCGCCGUACGGAGACCGCAUCCGUGUGCUGCUCAAGGAGACGAUCGAGGCCACAGGGUCGGAGUCGUGUCGCCUGGAAGUGCGGUACACCAUUCGCUACGUGAAGGGCGUGAACGGCAUGAUCAAGUCGAUCAUUGCGUCGAACGUCACCAAGGGCCUGAAGAAGAGCUCCGCGAUCAAGAGCAAGCUGAUCGCGUCGUACAUCGAGGUGCCGGGCGCCGUCGCGGGGCAGUUCGACCAGAUCGCGGGGCCCUCGGAGGUCACCGUCCCAGACGAGCAACCACCUGUCAGCCUGACGGACGUCGUGGUGUGCGUGGGGUCCGCCGCGGGCGCCCUGGCGCUCCUGUGCGCGCUCCUGUUCGUAGACGCAGAGACCAGCGCUCGCAGGGUGUGGGACGCGCGCGUGUGCGACGCGUUCGCCGGACUCGGCGGGUGCGACGUGGCGGCGACGUCGGUCCUGCGUCGCAUCGAAACGUGGGUGGGAUGGCUGUUCAUGCUGCCCAUCCGGCUGACGCUCGUGUACCCCACGCAGCUCGUCGUGGCCAUCGUGUACGGCCUCUUCUACACGAUCUGGACGCUCCUCACCGCUCCGUGGCGCCUGUUCGACCUGCCGGACUCCCUGCAAGAGCUGUUCUGGCCCGCGGCGCUGGUGCUGUGGGCGCAGUUCAUCGCCGUGCCGCUGUUCCCCACGGCCGUGUCGACGCUCGCGGAGAUCUGCGGCGUCGACGAGGCCGACCUGCCGGAAUGGCUGCCGGUCGCGUCCGCGACGGACGCGCUGGGGAGUCGGGUGGACGACACUGCGCCCCCGGACACAGAGCCGGCCGCGGAGGACGGCGACCCCGGCUUCACCGCCGUCACUGCGCAGUCCAUGCCGCCACUCGGCCAAAGCGACGUCGGCGAGGAACCGGGGCCGUCGGCGCCCGAUGACCCGGCACAGCGCUCGGCAGCAGCGUCGCGCCCGCGAUCAGUCACCGAGUGGGCGUCGGGCGGGGCGACGGCCGCGGCGCGCUUGGCGCAGACGCUGCUGCUGGCCGCGCGUGGCGCGCAGGGCAGCGCGCCGCUGCCGAGGACGGGGCGCGGCAUUCGGGCGCGCCACCAGCGCCCACGCAGAUACAGGCACGUGUCGAGCAGCGGCGGGGGCGGCAUGCAGCUCGAGCUGACCCCGAUGAAGUCCGAGGCGCCGAACGACGACUCGCGGCACGCGCGGGAGGACAGCGAGACGGGGCGGCCCGCAGGGUCGACAGAGGCGUGGCAGGUGGACGGAAACGGGGGGGAGUACUUGCAGGGGUUCAAAAGCGCGCCACCGGGCGCGCCCGGGCGCCCGAAGACCCCGACGGAGCCUGCAGAAGCCUGGCCGGGCGGGCACCCGCUGGCCUCGCCGCCGAAGGAGGACCCCCCCCGCUCCGUGCACCAGGCACAGCCAGCUGAGUCGCCGGCCACGAGGUCGCCCGCGCACUCGGGGCACAGCUACGAGGAGCCCACAUCUCCGGCUGCGGCGAUGCUGGGCCGCAAGGGCAUCACCUCGUCGCACCACGGGGGCGUGGCCAAGCCUGCUCGCAGCACAUCUGGGCCGCGCCUGCGGACCUGCGACCCGGGCGUCAUUCAGGAGGAGCUGCAGCAGGCGGACGAGGCGUUCCCGGGCUUCGAUGUGCAGGCUGCGAGCCUGUCGCCGACGGGCAUCGGGUCCCCGUCGAAAUCGCAGGCAGAGCAGAACGCCGACCUGGAGGCCAUGAUCGUGCGCGGGCGCAUCGCGCAGCAACAGGCCAAGUCGGCCGCGACGGUGCUGAUGAACCGCGAGGUCUCUCCGGGCGUUGUGGAGGUUCAGAUGUUCGAGAACGAGCGCGCGCAGCCGUUCCGUGGGUUCGGGCACACGUGGCCCGGACACAUGCUGCCGUCCGACCGGGGCCACUGGUCGCUCGGCUCGGGCAAGGACUGCGGGACGAACUCGCAGGAGCGCGCCAUCGUGGAGCCGCAGCUGCCCGCCGGCUGGGCCUGGCUCGGUCCCUGGUGCGUCGACCUGCUGCCGCGCCCGUGGGAGGGCGUCGACGAGGAGGGGUGGUCGUACGCGCUGGACUUCCCCUGGGUGGGCUGGCCGCCGCGGCGAAGCAAGGGCAAGCCCGGGCGCAUCGACUUCGUGCGUGUGCGGCGAUGGGUCCGCGUGCGCGUGCUGGAGGGCUUCCAGGUGCCCCCCGGGCUGCAGGAGCAACACAGCCAGCAUCUGCGCAUCGACAUGUGCGAUUGCCGGUUCUGUGUGCCGCCGCCGGAGGGGGAGGAGGAUGGGCGCGCGGGCGGGAGCGGCGCCGCGAGCUCGUUCGACCGUUCGGGGGGCGCGUCGCCUGAGCAGAGGCCGCUGUCUGGAGGGGUGUCGAUGCGGGACCGCCUCAGGGCGCGCGUGCUGGACGUCUGGAACGGCCAGGCGGGGUCGCCGGCGGGCAGCGGGUCCUGA